AUGGUAAUGGAUUAUAAUAAGGCAAAAGGUUUUGUUGAUAUUUCUGAUUUGAGAAAUUCUUAUCAUUCACCAUUUCGACGAUCUAUAAAAUGGUAUCGAAAAAUAGCAUUCGAAAUUCUACUAAAUUCAAGUGUAUUAAAUACAUUAACAUUAUUUACUGCUGUGACUGGUAAUAAAAUGGGUGUGACAGAAUUUAGAGAAUAUAUAGUUCAAGCUUUACUAACGAAAGCCAACUUCCCAAUGAUACCCACACCAACUGAAGGAGAAAUGCAUAAGAUUGUUAAUUCUAAACGUGGUAGAUGUUCAAAUUGUUACUUCGAAAUGGUUCAACAGGGUGGAAGGAAACACGCACAAAAAAUUACACGCAAAGUAUAA